AGUGCCUGCUUCUGGAUGGGCUUGUGCCUCCUGCGCGCCGGGGUGCGCCUGCCUCUGGCCGUCGCGCUGCUGGCCGCCUGCUGCGGAGGGGAGGCGCUCGCGCAGGUCGGGCUGGGCGUCGGGGAGGACCACUUGCUGUCGCUCCCCGCCGCGGGGGUGGUGCUCAGCUGCCUGGCCGCGGCGACAUGGCUGGUGCUGAGGCUGAGGCUGAGGCUGGGCGUCCUCAUGAUCGCCGUGACUAGCGCGCUCAGGACCGUGUCCCUCAUUUCCUUGGAGAGGUUCAGGGCCGCCUGGAGACCUUACCUGGCGUACUUGGCCGGAGUGCUGGGGAUCCUCCUGGCCAGGUACGUGGAGCGAAUCUUGCCGCAGUCGGCGGGGGCUGCCGCGAGGGAGCCUUUUGGGUCCCAGCUGAUCGCUGGGACCAAAGAAGAGAUCCCGGUGUUAAAGAGGAGGCGGCGGUCCAGCUCCGUGGUGUCCGCCGAGAUGUCGGGCUGCAGCAGCAAGUCCCAUCGCCGGACCUCCCUGCCGUGCAUACCGAGGGAACAGCUCAUGGGGCAUUCAGAAUGGGAUCACAAGCGAGGGCCAAGAGGAUCACAGUCCUCAGGAACCAGUAUUACUGUGGAUAUCGCCGUGAUGGGGGAGGCUCACGGCCUCAUCACCGACCUCCUGGCCGACCCUUCUCUGCCCCCCAACGUGUGCACGUCCUUGCGGGCAGUGAGCAACCUGCUCAGCACCCAGCUCUCCUUCCCGGCCAUUCACAAGCCCAGAGUGAAUCCUGUCGUCUCCUUCAGUGAAAACUACACCUGUUCUGAUUCUGAAGAAGGCUCUGAAAAAGACAAGCUGGCUAUUCCCAAGCGCCUGAGAAAGAGCUUGCCCCCCGGAUUGUUGAGACGAGUUUCGUCGACUUGGACAACCACCACCUCAGCCACAGGCCUGCCCACUUUGGAGCCUGCCCCAGUGCGGAGGGAUCGGAGCGCCAGCAUCAAACUGCAUGAGUCGCCUUUAACCGGUGCUGUUAGUUCUGAUUCUUGGAAUAACCCAGCGAUGAUGACCCUCACCAAAAGCAGAUCCUUCACUUCGUCCUAUGCCCUUUCUUCAGCUAACUAUGUAAAGGCUAAAAAGCCAAAUCGCCCAGGUGCCCUCGCUAAAAUUUCACCUCUUUCAUCGCCCUGUUCCUCACCUCUCCAAGGGACUCCGGCCAGCAGUCCGGUCAGCAAAAUUUCUACAGUUCAGUUUCCAGAAUCUGCGGACACAGCUGCUAAACAAGGCCUAGGCUCUCACAGGGCCUUAACUUACACUCAGAGUGCCCCUGACCUGUCUCCUCAGAUCCUGGUUCCACCUGUUAUAUGUAGCGGCUGUGGCAGGCCAUAUUCCCAAGGCAAUGCUGCUGAUGGGCCCCUGGAGAGAAGCGGUGCGGCCAUUCGGACACCGAGCAGAACGGAUGACACUGCUCAAGUUACCUCUGAUUAUGAAACCAAUAACAACAGUGACAGCAGCGACAUAGUGCAGAAUGAAGACGAGACCGAGUGCCCAAGAGAGCAACUGAGGAAAGCAUCGGCUUGUAGCGCCUACGCGCCUGAGACCAUGAUAUUCCUGGACAAACCAAUCCUUGCUCCUGAACCCCUUGUCAUGGAUAACUUGGACUCGAUUAUGGAGCAGCUAAAUACUUGGAAUUUUCCAAUUUUUGAUUUGGUGGAAAAAAUAGGAAGGAAACGUGGCCGUAUUCUUAGUCAGGUAUCAUACAGACUUUUUGAAGACAUGGGCCUCUUUGAAGCUUUCAAAAUUCCAGUUAGGGAAUUUAUGAAUUACUUUCAUGCUUUGGAGAUUGGAUACAGGGAAAUUCCUUAUCAUAACAGAAUCCAUGCUACUGACGUCUUACAUGCUGUUUGGUAUCUUACUACACAGCCUAUUCCAGGCCUCUCAACUGUGAUUAAUGAUCAUGGAUCAGCAAGUGAUUCAGAUUCUGACAGUGGAUUUACACAUGGACACAUGGGAUAUGUGUUCUCAAAAAUGUAUAGUGUGCCGGAUGAUAAAUACGGGUGUCUGUCUGGAAAUAUCCCUGCCUUAGAGCUGAUGGCGCUGUAUGUGGCUGCGGCCAUGCACGACUAUGACCACCCAGGAAGGACUAAUGCAUUCCUGGUUGCAACCAGUGCUCCUCAGGCGGUGCUCUAUAAUGACCGCUCAGUCCUGGAGAAUCAUCACGCAGCUGCUGCAUGGAAUCUUUUCAUGUCCCGGCCAGAGUAUAACUUCUUAGUUAACCUUGACCAUGUGGAAUUUAAGCAUUUCCGUUUCCUUGUCAUUGAAGCAAUUUUGGCCACUGACUUGAAGAAACACUUUGACUUUGUAGCCAAAUUUAAUGCCAAGGUAAAUGAUGAUGUUGGAAUAGAUUGGACCAAUGAAAACGAUCGUCUGCUAGUUUGUCAAAUGUGUAUAAAGUUGGCCGAUAUCAAUGGGCCAGCUAAAAGUAAAGAGCUCCAUCUUCAGUGGACAGAGGGUAUUGUCAAUGAAUUUUACGAACAGGGCGACGAAGAGGCCAGCCUGGGGCUCCCGAUAAGCCCUUUCAUGGACCGCUCUGCCCCUCAGCUGGCCAACCUCCAGGAAUCCUUUAUCUCGCACAUCGUGGGCCCGCUGUGCAACUCCUAUGACUCUGCGGGACUCAUGCCAGGGAAAUGGGUGGAAGACGGCGAUGAGUCGGGAGAUACCGAUGACCCGGAGGAGGAGGAGGCGGCGGCCGAUGAAGAGGAAACCUGUGAAAAUAACGAGUCUCCAAGAAAGAAAACUUUCAAAAGGAGGAAAAUCUACUGCCAAAUAACUCAGCACCUCGUGCAGAACCACCAGAUGUGGAAGAAAGUCAUCGAAGAGGAACAGAGGUUGGCAGGAAUUGAAAAUCAGUCCCCAGACCAGUCUCCCCAGCAGCAUCCCUCAGAACACAUCCAGGCCAUCAGAGAAGAAGAUGAAGAAAAAGGGAAGCCAAGAGGAGAGGAGACCCUCACCCCAAAGCCAAACCAGUGACAAUGGGUAGAAUGAGCUCUGUCUCCAAACCGAGUGACUUGUCACAGACUCUUUCCAAGCCAGCACAACACUUAGACACAACACUGUAGAAAUACAAGAAGAUGGGCAAAUGGCUAUUACAUUUGGGGAGUCUUCGCAUUUUAUGUGUUUAUUUUUACAGUGAGGUGCAUGGUUAAAAACUCUCGCUCAGAGAAGCUUUCACAUUGCAACACCAGCUUCUAAGGAUUUUUUAAAGGAAGAAAUAUAUAUGUGUGUGUGUAUAUAAGCUCUCACGUAAAUACAUGUAAAACACAGUCACUCACACACACAAACACACACACACACUGAAAGCCAGAAUUACUGGCUCCACAACUUAGUAACAUUCAUAUUAAGAUAUAUAGUGGUCACUGUGAUAUAAUAAAUCAUGAAAGAAAAAUAAAGGCAAACAAAGGAAAUGGUGAGGCUUAGCAAAGAACAGGGCAGGCAAUGUAGGUUACGACUAAGAAGCUUUUGCUCUUAGUACUGAGGGAUGAACGUUCCAGAGAAUUAGUUGAAUUCUCAUACAUCCUGCCAACGUCGUGUGUGUGUGUGUGUGUGUGUGUGUGUGUGUGUGUGUGUGUGUGUGUGUUAGAGCGAGAGAGAGAGGAGUGAAGGGGUGUUUGUGGGUAUGUAUGCUUGUGUGUAUGUAAAGAGAGAUUUUUGUGGUGAGUAGUUUAUAGAAUUCCACCAGCAGAUGACUCCACACGUGAGUAAACGGAGGCAAGUUCACUCUGGAGUGUCUUUGAGAGGCAGCCAUUCCAAAUGCCUCCCUCCAUUUGGCUUCAGCCAAGGUCCCUCUGCAGAGGGAGGGGUGUUCACGGGCUGGGUGUGAAGGCCAUGUGAAUGGUACUACUGCUAAACACCACUUAGAGGCUCUCUAUCACCAGCCUUCCAUGUGGAAGCCUGAGGCAUUUUUCCAAUCUACUCGCCUACUGAAUGUAUAGGAGCUGUUUGUCUGUGGGUAUGUCUGUCACUCACCUAAGAUCAAAUCACCCUUUAAGGGGAUGGCAUUCUUUAUGCGUAAACACCUAGGAAGGAGCUGGAGUCAAGUCUUUUAAUCAGGUGAGAAUUCUAAAAGGUUUCUAGAGAACACCUGGGGAAUCGCUCUUUACAGUGAUCUCCCGCGUCUUAAUCUGCUACAAAAUGUGCGUGGUAGAAAGCAGAAAAAGAAAGGAAGGCAAACAGAAACUGUGCGAGAGAUGAAGGGGAAAAUUUCAACGUAGGGUUUGGUGUUUGUUGACUUAGUGAAAGCCCGAUUCUUGGCAGCUGUUGAAGAUUGGCUUUUGGGUGGCAAAGGGCCCACUGACCAACCCUGUCGUGGUAUUCCACAUGCUGUGGGAUGGGGUAGCUUCUGUCUGCAAUCUGGCCCAUUGCCAUGCCUCUUUUGGCAGGGAAGAUUAUAGAAGGAUUUCGGGGGAGUGGGCCUAUUAUUGAAAGUCUUUUUUUUUU